AUGAAGGCGCACCCUGCUAUUAUGUUUCUACCUUCCUAUAUACCACCAACCGGAUAUGGAUCAGUUGGCUCACUUUAUAAUCGUUCUCCACAGGGCAAAGUCGCAGAACUAAGAUUGGAAUUGAAUAGUGGUGGAAAGAAAGACAAGAAUCAUGCCGCGAAGAAGAUCGCCUUGAAGAAGAUUGUAGCCAAUAUGACUAUGAGCAACAAUGAUAUGGUCGCUCUGUUUCCAGAUAUUGUUGGGUGUAUGCAAAUACCCAGCUUGGAGAUCAAGAAGAUGUGCUUCCUGUUUCUGGUCAAUUAUGCUCGUAUGAAACCAGAUGUCGCUAUCAAGGCUUUACCUACUUUGCAAGAGGAUAUUAAUGACUCUAAUCCUCUUGUCAGAGCUCUUGCAUUGCGCACAAUGUCAUACAUUCAUGUUCGAGAUUUUGUCGAAGCUACAGUACCACCUACAAAGCAACUCCUUCGAGACGCAGACCCGUAUGUUCGCAAGACGGCAGCUUUCUGUGUCGCAAAACUAUACGAUCACGAUAGGCAUUUGGUUGAAGGCUCAGAUCUAAUCGACAGAUUGAAUUCGAUGUUGAGGGAUGAUAACCCAACGGUUGUGGCUAGUGCAUUGGCCAGCUUGAUGGAUAUCUGGGAGAGGAGUGAUGCUAUUAAGUUAACUAUUGACUACGGUAAUGCCUCUAAGAUGGUUCAAAUUCUCCCAGACUGUUCCGAGUGGGGCCAAACAUAUAUCUUGGAAGCGUUGAUGUCGUAUGUUCCACAAGAGUCCUCCGAGGCUUUAUUGCUAGCGGAGCGCAUUUCUCCUCGUUUAUCGCAUUCAAAUUCUGCCGUCGUUCUUACAUGCAUAAGAGUAGUUUUGUACCUCAUGAACUACAUUAAUGAUCAAAAGCAAAUAUCGGCAUUAUGCCGGAAGCUUUCGCCCCCUUUAGUCACUCUAUUGGCGAAGGGUCCAGAGGUUCAAUAUCUCGCAUUACGGAAUGCCCUGUUAAUAUUACAAAGAAGACCUGAAGUUCUACGCAACGAUAUUCGAGUAUUCUUCUGCAAAUAUAAUGACCCAAUUUAUGUCAAAGUUACCAAGCUGGAGUUGAUCUUCAUGUUGGCGAACGAAAAGAAUAUCCAAGAGGUGCUUACCGAAUUGAGAGAAUACGCCACAGAGAUUGAUGUUCACUUCGUCCGCAAAUCAGUCCGAGCAAUCGGAAAGCUUGCUAUCAAAAUCGAGCCUGCGGCUAGACAGUGUAUUAAUACAUUGCUGGAGCUGGUGGCCACAAAGGUCACAUACAUUGUACAAGAAGCAACAGUGGUAAUUCGAAACAUUUUCAGAAAGUACCCUAAUCAGUACGAGUCCAUAAUUGGUACAUUGUGCGAGAAUUUGGAUUCGCUAGACGAACCCGAAGCUAAGGCUGCCAUGAUUUGGGUUAUUGGACAAUAUGCCUCUCGGAUAGAAAACUCUGAUGUAUUACUUGAAGAUUUUCUCUAUUCAUUCGCGGAUGAGCCAGUGGAAGUUCAACUUGCUCUUCUCACGGCGACCGUUAAAUUGUUCAUUCAAAGGCCAACAAAAGGGCAAGAACUUGUUCCUAAAGUGUUGAAAUGGGCCACAGAAGACACAGAUAACCCAGAUUUACGGGACAGAGGCUACAUGUACUGGCGUCUGCUAUCUUCAGAUAUGGCCACAGCCAAAGCUAUUGUUAUGGGUGAGAAGCCUCCGAUCACAGCUGAAUCGGAGAAACUCGACCCUGCCACUCUUGAGGAAAUGUGCCUUAACGUUGGAACUCUUGCUACUGUUUACCUUAAACCUGUCCAGCAGGUAUUUCGUUCCGCUCGCCCACGUCGCCUCACAGACUCGCCAGCUCUACAAAAGCAGCAUCUUCCAAAUGGGGAUUUGGAUGCUCAGAAAUCACUUUCUGCAUUUGGAAACUCUCAACCUAUGAUGAAACCCGGUGGACAAGGUGACCUUGCUGCAGCAGUCGAUGCAGCAGAUGCAUUCUUUGCCGGUGUUGGCCAGCAAAUGGCAAGCAUGAACUUGAAUGGACAGGAUGAAGGAUUUGGCGGUAGUCCUACCGUUGGUAGAGGCGAGAUGCAAUAUGUGGUUAAUCAGAACGCACCCGAGCAAGUUUAUCAACCUGCAGUAGGACAGGGUUCCAACGGUGAUUUGCUUAUGUUUAAUUGA